AUGGGCCGGGGGAGCCUGCGGGGCGCCCCGGUGCCGGCCGUGCUGCUGCUGCUGCUGCUGGCCGCCCCCGCGCGCGCGCUCGGACCCCGGGUGCUCCUGCCGCUGGACUCGGAGGAGAGGCCGUUCCUCAGGUUCUCUGCGCCCGACACCUCCAACUACACGGCCCUGCUGCUGGGCGCCGACGGCCGGAGCCUGUACGUGGGUGCCCGCGAGGCCCUCUUUGCCCUGGACAGCAGUGUCAGUUUCCAGCCGGGUGGGGAUUACCAGGAGCUGCGCUGGAGCGCGGACGCUGAGAGGAAGCAGCAGUGCAGCUUCAAGGGCAAGGACCCGCAGCGCGACUGUCAGAACUAUAUCAAGAUCCUGCUGGGCCUGAACAGCACCCACCUGCUCACCUGCGGCACGGCCGCCUUCAGCCCGCUGUGUGCCUACAUCGACCUGGACAGCUUUAGUCUGGCUCGCGAUGGAGCGGGGAACAUCCUUCUGGAGGAUGGCAAGGGCCGUUGUCCGUUUGACCCCAACUUCAAGUCCACAGCCCUGGUGGUUGAAGGGGAGCUGUACACGGGUACCGUCAGCAGCUUUCAGGGCAACGACCCGGCCAUCUCCCGCAGCCACAGCACGCGCCCCACCAAGACCGAGAGCUCGCUCAACUGGCUCCAAGACCCUGCAUUCGUGGCCUCGGCCUACAUCCCUGAGAGCCUGGGCAGCGCAUUGGGCGACGACGACAAGAUCUACUUCUUCUUCAGUGAGAUUGGCCGCGAGUUCGAGUUCUUUGAGGACACAGUGGUGUCACGCGUAGCUCGGAUCUGCAAGGGUGACGAGGGCGGCGAGCGGGUGUUACAGCAGCGCUGGACAUCCUUCCUCAAGGCCCAGCUGGUGUGCUCACGGCCCGGCGAUGGCUUCCCCUUCAACGUGCUGCAGGACGUGUUCACGCUGAGCCCCAGUCCGCACGACUGGCGGGACACCCUCUUCUAUGGGGUCUUCACCUCCCAGUGGCACGGAGGCACAGCUGAGGGCUCCGCUGUCUGCGUCUUCUCCAUGCGGGACGUCCAGCAGGUCUUCGAGGGGCUCUACAAGAAGGUGAACCGCGAGACGCAGCAGUGGUACACUUUCACGAGCCCCGUGCCCUGGCCCCGGCCUGGCCAGUGCAUCACCAACGCCACGCGGGAGCGGAAGAUCAACUCCUCCCUGCAGCUGCCUGACCGUGUGCUCAACUUCCUCAAGGACCACUUCCUCAUGGACGGCCACGUCCGCAGCCAUCUGUUGCUCCAGCAGCCACACGCCCGCUACCAGCGUGUGGCCGUGCACCGCGUGCCCGGCCUGCACCGCACCUACAAUGUCCUCUUCCUGGGCACGGGCGAUGGCUGGCUGCACAAGGCAGUGGACGUGGGCUCCCGCCUGCAUCUCAUCGAGGGUGUCCAGCUCUUCCCCCCAGGCCAACCUGUGCAGAACCUGCUCUUGGACACCCAGCAGGGGCUGCUGUAUGCUGCCUCCUACUCGGGCGUCGUCCAGGUGCCCGUGGCCAACUGCAGCCUCUACCAGAGCUGCGGGGACUGCCUCCUGGCCCGGGACCCCUACUGUGCAUGGAAUGGCUCUGCCUGUCGCCCCACCAGCCUCUACCAGCACGGCGAGGCCUCCAGGCCGUGGGUCCAGGACGUUGAGGGAGCAAAUGCCAGGGGUCUCUGCAAUGCCUCCUUGGCCAAACGCCACUCCUCUGAGGGGACAGGUGAGAAGCCGUGCCAGGAAGUCUCCUUCCAGCUGCACACCAUGAACAGCCUUCCGUGCCCACUGCUCUCCAGGUGGGCCGCCCGGCGCUGGCUGCACGAUGGACAGCCCAUCAACACCUCCGCCUCCUGCCAUGUGCUGCCGUCUGGGGACCUGCUCCUGGCGGGCAGCCCGCAGGCACCAGGCCUCUUCCAGUGCUGGGCUUUGGAGAAGGGCUUUGAGCAGCUCGUGGCCAGCUACUGCCCCCAGGUGUUGGCUGGUGACGAGCAGGUGGUCCCAAGUGGCGGUGGGCCUGACAUCAGCACAUCUCGGGUGAGCGCGCCAGCGGCGGCGGGGAGCCCGGCCAGCUGGGGCUCCUCCAAGUCCUACUGGACCGAGUUCAUGGUCAUGUGCACCCUGUUUGUCCUCGCCAUUGUGCUCCUGAUCCUCUUCCUGCUCUACCGGCACCGUGGCGACAUGAAGCUCUUCCUCAAGCAGGGCGAGUGUGCCAGCAUGCACCCCAAGGGCCGCCCUGCGGUGCUGCCGCCCGAGACCCGGCCGCUCAAUGGCGUGGGCCCCCCGAGUAUUCCUCUGGACCACCGGGGCUACCAGGCCCUGUCUGACAGCUCCCCAGGACCCCGUAUCUUCACCGAGUCGGAGAAACGUCCACUCAGCAUCCACGAGAGCUUCGUGGAGGUGUCGCCUGUGUGCCCUCGGCCCCGGGUGCGCCUGGGCUCCGAGAUCCGGGACUCAGUGGUGUGAGCACUGACUCCAGAGGCCACCCCGGCCCGGGGACUGAGAAUAUUCAGGGACGGCCGGGCGCUGCCCUCAGCACGACGGAGCUGGCCGCCAAGUGGCAGGGCUACUCCGUGCCGGACAGCUGGGUCCAGAGGUUCCAGUCAGAGAGAGGUCUGUGCAAGGGCAUGCUGUGCCCGGAUAUAAACUGAGCCUAUUGUCCAGAAACAGCAGAAAUGUGAAGCGCGUGAGGAGAGGUGAAACUGUGGACAACACUGAGGACUGCCUGAGAAGGGGCACCGGGCCCCACCACCAGCCUCCCCACCGCCUGCCUUACCACACUGCCUGGCCCGCGGCCUGCAUGUUGCCGCCUCAGCAUUGCCUCAGGGACUAGCAGGCGGGCGGGCAGUACCUCCCAGGCCCUGCGCCUGGCUACCUCCUGGGCCUCCCACGCCUGCCAUUAGACUGUGGGCGCCAGAAAGCGAGUGAGCAGGCAAGAGGCCCAGAGCACGGCAGAGGGAAGGACAUUACGCCCCUCAUCCUCGAAGUUCAAGGAAACCCCCCCUUCCUGCAUCCCGACCCCCAACUUCCCACGUCUCCCCAACAGGAUACCGACACGCCCAGGCUGGGGUGCAGAGUCUGUGGAUUUUAUACAUUUUUUUUUAAGAAGAUGCACUUUACUUUUUUUUUUUUAAA